AUGCCCGCAGCAGCCAGCACCAACCGGUCUCCUGUGGCCCGCCGCCGGCCUCCCGCCCUGCCUCGCCCAGUCUCCCACCACCGGCCUGCCCCGCUCCGCCCGGUCUCCCGCCGCCAAGCUCCUGCUCGAUCUCCCGGCUGCGCCAGGGGCACAGGCUCCCCCUGCCGCCGGCCUCCCGCCCCGCCGCGCCUCGGGGCCAUGGUCUCCGCCGCCGCCGCCUCCGGCGUGGUCCGCUGCAGCCCGGCCUCCGUGAGGAGACGCAGCGCGCAGGCGGGGGGCAAAGAGCCGCUCGAGGAGCCACGCAAGGAGCCCUCCCAAACGGGGCCGCAGACGGAGCUGGUGCAGAAGGUGCUGCAGCGUGACCCCAUCAACUACCCGUUCUGA